UCAAGCUCUCAGAAGACUCUGAUGAAUAAAUUUCCUACAUAAAACAAGUAUUUUAUUUACAAACUAUCGUUGAAAAUAAAGUAAAUAUGGCGGUACGAUGUGUUUAUUUAGAGUCAGAUGUAUAUUACGUAUGUUUAACCCAUGCAUUAUCUACAGAAAGGGAAGAAAUAAUGGGGCUGCUUAUUGGUGAAAUAGACGAGAAUUAUUCGUCAAGAAUCUCGGCAGUGAUAAUGCUUCGACGGUCGGAUAAGCAAUCUGAUAGAGUAGAAAUCUCGCCUGAACAACUAUCAGACGCAUCACAGACAGCUGAAAGGCUUGCAUUAGAAUUGAAGAGACCAAUGCGUGUGAUUGGUUGGUAUCACUCUCACCCCCAUAUCACAGUGUGGCCCUCCCAUGUGGACAUCAGAACACAAGCCAUGUAUCAAACAAUGGAACCAAGCUUUGUUGGACUUAUUUUUUCUGUUUUCAAUGAGGACAAGACUACAAAGUUUAACAGGGUUGAAGUGACCUGCUUCCAGGCACGAGGUGAUAGCCAGAGAGAAGAAGUUCCUCUUCACAUUGUUCCCAGUGAUAAGAUAAACUCUGCCUGCAUACAGUCAUUGAUGGGCCUCCCAUCUAUACUCACCAUGGAGGAGGAAGAAGCCUACCAGAAAACAACAGAGAACAAGGACCUGGAUCUGAUCACCAAGAUACACAACGCCUCUGUGUUCACCAAGUCUCUAUGCCAUGUGAUUGAUGUUCUCAAUGGCCCAGUGCUGCAGAUGAUGGAGAACAGGCUGGAACACAACCAGAACAGGAUACGCAGCCUGCAGGAGGAAAAACAGCAACUACUGCAGUAUCUCCGAGAAAAGUCAUAGACAUUGUUGCCUAGAUUUUGAACAUUUAGUCAAUAUACCAGAUAUCAAACCCAAUCGUGUUCACAGGUCUUUCAAUUGAGCCUAGCUCUCGGGUUUCAGGCAUAGAGAUUGUAAAUGACCCCAAAUUGUCACAUCAUAUGUUUAUAGAAGGCGCCAACUUUUACCGGUGAAAUUUCAGGUUAAGUUGGUAAAUGAAGAUAAAAGGUGCCACAAGCCAUGUGCUGAAUGUUUGUUUAUUAAAUCUAAGUACUUAAAACACAUCAACUGCAAUAUACAGCCAAAAGUGGUUGCUUAGUGCCUAACUCUUAACAUUGAACUUAUCAAUGGGUCAUUAUUAUAUUGGCAUAUUUAUAUGAGUUUAAGGUUUAUUUCAAAUUUGUUGAGCAAUAAGCCCUACUGUACACAAGCAGUAAAACAUAUAAUUAUAUCAUAUUUCAUAGUCGAUCCAAAUGUUAUAUAUUUAGUAACAAUUUUAACAAUUAUAAGCUACAUGUAAUAAUACAUUACAACACAUCAAUAAAGGCUGAGGAGAGUAUAAAGCAUAAAGAUUUGUCCACAAUAAUGAUAGGAUUUAUUUCUCAAAUCUAUAGCCUUUAUUACAUACAUUGCUUGUUUUAUAUUAACAUAUAUAUAUAAACAAAAUUUGUGACAAAUUACAGAUUGCUCAGACAUUUGCAAGUUAAAGAUGACUUUACUAAGCAAAGAUAUGUAUGAAAGAUGUUACAAAACAAUAAAAGGAAACAUGAGAAAUAA